GCCCCCCCCCCCCACUUCAUUAAAGAUUCCUCUUUCGUCUCCAUUAGUCUCUUCGAUCUCUUUUCAGUCAAUGGCGUCUGGGUUGAUCCGGCGAGCCAUUUCUAGAGUGCCUGCCGCUUCUCCGGUGGCCAGAGCUGUCGUUUUCCGAUCGCACGCUUCGGAGGCGGAGCCCGAAGCGAAAUCCGCCUCCCUUUCCAAGACCUUCCAAAUCUACCGGUGGAAUCCGGACUCCCCGAAGAAGCCAGAGCUGCAGGACUACGAGAUUAAUCUCAAGGAAUGCGGUCCAAUGGUCCUGGACGCCCUAAUCAAGAUAAAAAACGAGAUCGAUCCAACCCUAACAUUCCGCCGAUCCUGCCGUGAAGGAAUUUGCGGUUCCUGCGCUAUGAAUAUCGACGGCAGGAACGGUCUAGCCUGCUUGACGAAAAUUUCGUCGGAAGGGCCAACGAUGAUCACACCUCUGCCGCAUAUGUUCGUGAUUAAGGAUUUGGUGGUGGAUAUGACGAACUUUUACAAUCAGUACAAGUCGAUUGAGCCAUGGCUGAAGAGGAAGAGUCCGCCGGAGACUCCGGGGAAGGAGGUUCUGCAAAGCAAGGAAGAUCGGAAGAAGCUUGAUGGGAUGUAUGAGUGCAUUUUGUGCGCGUGCUGUAGCACUUCCUGUCCGAGCUAUUGGUGGAAUCCCGAGUCAUAUUUGGGUCCCGCCGCCCUCCUGCACGCCAAUAGGUGGAUCAUGGACAGUCGCGAUGAAUACACAAAAGAGCGCCUGGAGGCCAUCAAUGAUGAGUUCAAAUUAUAUCGGUGCCACACCAUUUUGAACUGCGCUAAAGCGUGCCCGAAGGGUCUCAACCCCGGCAUGCAAAUCCAGAAUAUCAAGAAACUUGAGCAAAAAUUCCCUUGAAUGAAUUCCUUUGAAUGUCAAUGAGGUUGAAUUGCUUUUGGGACUUCCUCCUAUCCAUGAAUGUUCUUGCCUGUGGAACAUUUUGAGAAAUGAUUGUAAUUUUUCAGCUUUAAGCAUAUUUGUAUUUGUACCUAACUGGUGCAACAUUUUCUCCAUUUUAUUUGGAGAACAAGAAUCAAGAUUAGUCUUUUGGAACCUGAACAAUAAAGGGGCUUUGUUUUCUUUGUAUUGGUUUGCCUAUAUUGGAAAAUGAAUAUGUGUAUUUGUGGUU